CUUAGGAAAAAAAACAACAAUAAUUUUGCCCCUGCAUGCCGAAGGCCCAGGGCAGCUGGGCCUGGCAUUAUAUCAUGCGACAUUGUGCCCUCACGUCGAAACAUUAGCAAAUUUCAGAACGAGGCGCGAAGAAAUGAGGAGCAGGCGACUGGUUUUCAAAUCCACUAGGGACAAGGAAGAGCAGAAGAGCUGCAAUGGUGAGAAGAGCGAGCCUGAGGUUCUGACCGUUUCCUCCUCUUAUGAAGAUGGAGAAGAAGAAGAAGAAGAAGAAGAAGGGGAAGAAGAACAAGAAGUUCCAGUGAUUGAAGAAGAAGAAGAAGAAGAAGAAGAAGAAAAAGAAGUUCAGGAAGAAGAAGAAGAAGAAAAAGAAGAAGUCAUUGAAGAAACCAGGAGCCCCGGCGCCUCUAAUCUUCAUAGCAAUAAGCCCAAAAAAGAGAAAAAUAAAAAAAACCACCGCCUGCAGCAACAACAUCAACAGCGACGAGGACAACAAAAUGGCAAUGUUGAUAGUGGUGGGAAGAAGAAUUCUAAGAAGGGAAAAGGGCUUUAUAAUUUUCCGAUGCAUAGGGUCAGUCGGAUCAUAAAGAGUGAAGGGCCUGAUUUGCGCAUUACCCACGAGGCUGUUUUCCUCAUCAACAAAGCUUCGGAAAAGUUCCUUGACUUACUCUGUGAAGAUACAUACGCCUAUUCUGUUCAAGGUCGUAAGAAUUAUGUUGCUUACAACAACCUGUCAUCAGUUGUUCGCAAAAGGAGGAGAUUUGAUUUUCUCUCAGAUUUUGUUCCUGAGAAAAUAAAAGCUGAGGACGCCUUGGCAGAGAGGAAGAAAGCUGAGACAUGAUCAGGCCAGGACCUUUAUGUGCGGUUGCUACUUGAAAAACAAUCUUCUGCAGGCUAGUUCGGGUAGAUUUUUGUCUAGGCUUUCUUUGUCUGUAUUCUCUAUUUCCGCUGUAGAAUGGACCUGCUUUGUAAUUUUAUAGUUAGAUACAAGUAUAUUGGCUCAUGUUUUUCCCUGCAAUUUGUUGUUUGUACAUGUUUAUUUGACAAAAUGGAAAUUGCUUCUCAA